UAUCUAUCUUCCAAAGCUUUCAAGAAAAACAAGACUUUUGUUUUCACACACGGAGACACUACGACUACAUUGCAAGACUCAUCAUAAUAUGGUUUCUUAUCUUUUUCUCUCUUCUUCGUCGAUAUUAUUUUGGUUCAGUUUAUUUCUUGUGUUGUUGUUUACGACAACCACAAAUGCUUUAGUGAAACUUCCAGAAAAUAUAACUAUUCCGGCGGUAAUUGUGUUCGGAGAUUCAAUUGUCGAUGCCGGAAAUAACGAUGAUAUGAUAACGGAGGCUAGAUGUGAUUAUCCUCCUUAUGGUAUUGAUUUCGACGGUGGAGUUGCUACGGGAAGAUUCUCCAAUGGCAAAGUUCCCACUGAUAUUCUAGCGGAAGAAUUAGGGCUUAAACCAAGUAUACCGGCAUAUCGAGAUCCAAAUCUAAAACCGGAAGAUCUCCUAACCGGUGUAACAUUUGCUUCUGGUGGUGCUGGUUAUGUCCCUUUCACAACACAAAUAGCGGGAGGAAUACCAUUAUCGCAACAACUGAAAUAUUUUGAAGAAUAUAUAGAGAAAUUGAAUGGAAUGGUUGGAGAAGAGAGGACAAAGUUCAUACUCAAGAAUAGCAUGUUCGUUGUUAUAUGUGGUAGCAACGAUAUUGCAAACGACUUCUUUGGUCUCCCUACGGUUCGUCUCCAAUACACCGUUGAUUCUUUCACUGCUCUUAUGGCCGACAAUGCUCGCUCUUUUGCUAAGUCACUCUACGGAUAUGGAGCAAGAAGAAUACUUAUGUUUGGUGCACCACCAAUAGGAUGUGUUCCUUCGCAGAGAACUGUAGCAGGAGGACCUACAAGAGAUUGUGUUGUUAGGUUUAAUGAUGCAUCAAAACUUUUCAAUGCUAAGCUCAGUGGAAACAUAGAUGUCUUAUCAAGAACCUUACUUGACUCGAAAUUAAUCUAUGUCGAUAUCUACAGUCCUCUUCUUGAUCUCAUAUUAAACCCUGGACAAUAUGGAUUUAAGGUGAGCAAUUUAGGAUGUUGCGGAACCGGACUAAUAGAAGUGACGGCGCUAUGCAACAACUAUACAUCUGCUGUAUGUCCCAUAAGAUCGGAUUAUGUGUUUUGGGACAGUUUUCAUCCCACUGAAACAGCUUACAGAAUUAUAGUUGCAAAACUUCUUGAUAGAUAUCUCAGCAGAAUUGUCUAGUUAAUCGAUUAAUAACACCUACAUGUUCGUCACACUAUUUAUGAUUAUUUGAAUUAUAAUUAUAAACUAAAGAUAAACUCAACUUAUUUUUUUGUCUAUUUUCUCCUUUUUCAUGACUUGUAAUUGUCUUUCAUGGUUGUAUAAACAAUAUUAAUAUUUUCUAAAUGCUU